GUUUCUCGUGCUGUGCUCGCGGGAGCAGGCAGCCGAGGCGACCAGCUACCUGUCGAUUCUAACCUCAAACGUCAACGUGUUCCCCGUCGCGAGUGCUUGUAUUCACGAGAGAGUGCCUUUUUGUUAUUCGGUGCCAAUUAGUUGAUGCAGAAUUGCGAGUGCCUUGAUGUGUACCGAGAAGUGGAGAUUCGCCUCGUUGAAGAGUAGUGCAAGAAGGUAGCGCAAGAGGUUAUGUCCCGACGAUGGACAAGCCCCAGCAGAGCUACGGUUCGAGCUCGCGCAAAGCGCUGUCUCCGCGGACGGUCGAGGGCGGCGCCGGUGGCGGCGGAGGCGGCAGCGGACACAUCGCCGGCGGCGAGACAGCGGCGGCGAGCCAUUCGUCGGACGGCGAGCAGCAGCAGCAGGGCAGCGCCAGCGGCGCCAGUGGCGCGGCGGCGACUGGCUCGUCGUCGGCCGGCGGCGGCGGCGUCGGCGGCGGCAGCGCUGGCAGCGUCCAGGCGGGCCUGCCCCCGGUCGGCGCGGCGGGCCAGCAGCCGCAGCAGCCCCAGCCCCGUGCGCAGCCCGCGCAGCAGCAACAGCCGGCGCGCAGCUUCCAGCCGCCGCCGCGCCAGCCGCAGCCCGUCGCCGGCCACCAGCCCCCGGCCCGCCACCCGUCCCCCUACUACCACCACCAUUCCGCGCUGCCGCAGCAGCCGCAGCACCACUCCGCCCAGCUUUACCCGCACCUGCAGGCCCAGUUCCAGGCAGCAGCAGCCGCCGCCGCAGCCGCCGCCUCCCUAUCACCGUUGGCCCCGUUGGCGAUGAACAGUGGCCCGGCUGGCGGCCCUGGCCAGCCACCGGCGGGACUCCAACCCGGCUCCGCUCAGCAGUCCCCGGCGCCGCAGCUCCCCUCCUCCCGCGAUCACUCGGUACUGUCCCAAGCCUUGCGCUGCUCUCGCUCCCAGCCUUACUUAUCGCUCGACUUCCAGCAGGCGGCCGGCGAUCCCAACGGCCUCAACAUCACCAUCAUGAACAUCACGGUGCCGCCGCCACCGCCAGUGGUGCCGGUGCCGCCCACGCUGCGCUUUGUCGAUCCGUACGCCACGCGUUACCUACAUCAACCGCAGCAUCCGCACCAAGCGGCACAGUCGCCGGCGGCGCAGCUGGGCGCCUCCUCGAAUCCAAAUUCGGCCUCGCCCGUCUCCAACGCCAACUCGCAGCAGCAGCAGCAGCAGCAGCAGCAGCAACAGCAGCAGCAGCAGCAGCAGCAGCAGCAGCAGCAGCAACAGCAGCAGCAGCAACAACAGCAGCAGCAACAGCAGCAGUCGAACAGUCGGCAGCAGCAGCAGCCGUCUCCUGCUGCCGCCGCCGCCGCCGCCGCCGCCGCCGCUUCGAGCGUGGCUUACACCAGGGACACGGUUUACCGCAACGUCAGUCCUAACGUGAACGAGCGAGUUGUGAUAAGCGUAAGCAGCAGUCCGGCGUCCUCGCACGUGGAGUAUGGGCGAGUUGCCGGCGAGAGGCCGCGAAUAUCCCUGCUGCCAGCUCCAGCUUCGAUAGCACCGGCUGCAUCGCCGACCGCGCCCACGGACUACGCGGCCCACGCCGCCGCGGCCGCGGCGGCGCGAAGUCGCGCUCCUGGCAUUCUGGCGAUGCAGCCCCAAGAGUACAGGCCGACUCCUGUCGACAUGGCUCAGAUUCAGCAGCAACAACAACAGCAGCAGCAUGAAGCGCCGCCCUUCAAAAAAAUUCGCCUGGGUCAACCCGCACAGCAGCUGCCUCCGCGUACGCAGCAGCAGCCCACGGUGGUGCAGCAGACUCCCGAAUGCCCCAGGAUCGCUAGCACGCAAGACACUCACGUCAAACAGAAGCACGUGCAGCUGCAACCGCUCAGGAUAGACACAAGGCCGCCAGCAGGUGCGUAUACGCCACAAACGGAAGCCAUCUCGCCGACUCUACCAGAGCCGCAAGAAGAGGCAUUCAAAACUACUAAAGACGAUAUCCUGAAGCAAAUCACAAGUAUCGACGUGGAAAUAGCCAAGCGUGAGUCGCAGAUUUUCAAACUCCAGAAAAAGCUUAGAGAGCUCGAGGAGGUUACCAAUCAGCCCUUGGAUUGCAAGCGGACUAUCGACGAAGUCUUUGCGCAACCCAAGCAUCAAACCCUUGUACAGAAAAUUUAUGCUGAAAACAGGAAAAAGGCGGAAGAGGCGCACAAGCUUUUAGAUAAGCUAGGUCCGAAGGUGAAAUUGCCACUGUAUAAUCAGCCAUCUGACACGACGGUGUACCAGGAGAACCGUACGCGGCAUCAAUGUAUGAAGACUCGUCUUGUGGCCAGGUUACGUAAAGAACACUCGGAGCGGGCUACUCUUCAUCGCCAACAGUCGCAAACAUAUGCGAUACUCGUACAGGAAUGGCAUCGUAAGGUCGACAAGCUCGAAGCCACGCAGAAACGCAAAACCAAGGAGGCCAAGAACCGCGAAUUCUUCGAAAAGAUCUUCCCCGAGUUGCGCAAGCACCGCGAAGAUAAGGAACGCUUCAACAGGGUCGGCAGUCGCGUCAAAAGCGAAGCUGACUUUGAAGAGAUCAUGGAUGGUUUGCAGGAGCAAGAGGAAGAGUUGUCGACUGAGUUAAAAAAUGCUAUAAAAGCCCGUCAGAUGGAGGAGAAGAAAAUGCGUUCAUACGCUGUGAUCCCGCCGCUGCUGCUGGAACAAAAGCAGCGGAAAAUUGCAUUUCAAAAUAACAAUGGGCUACUGCGGCCCGACGAGUUGGAGGCAUUGCACAGCGAAAGAAAGCUGAUAAACGUGUGGAGCGCCACCGAGCACGAAAUGUUCAAGGAGAAGUAUCUCCAGCACCCCAAGAACUUCGGUUUGAUCGCCCAGGCGUUCGAGCAAAAAUCCGCACAGGACUGCGUGCAACACUACUACCUCACCAAGAAAGCCGAGAAUUAUAAGCAGCUGCUGCGCAAGUCGAGGCGUACUCGUAGUUCUCGAAACAAUCCUAACACUAAGGUAAAUCAUAGUAACGCCACGAUCGGCGGCCCAAUAGAUUUAUUAACGCCGGGCGUGACGACGAGGCUGCAGCGUGAGCAGCAACAGAAAACGCAGGAGUAUUCGCAGAGCAGCAGUGCCUCGGCGUCGACGUCGAACGCGACGCCGGCGACGGCAGUCACCUCCUCUUCGACUACCACGACGAGUUCCGCAUCGACUUCUUCCUCCUCCACCGCCACCUCCGUGUCCUCCUCUGCAACGACUUCCGCCGCAACGGCCACGAGUAACAGUAGCAAUAGCGCUGCCCUGAACAGCUCUGAGGCCGUCUCGACUACGACGACGGCAACGACGACAACGACGAUAACGUCGGCACCGGUAUCCACGGCUUCCACACUAGCAGCAGCAGCAGCAGCAGCAUCCGUCCCGAGUAGCAGCGCGUCGGCAAGUACGACGAGCGUACUCACCACGACUUCCACGUCGGCAGCGGCACAAGCUAAAGAGGCCCGCGAGGCCAACAAAGAAAACAAGGAAGUCAAGCAGGAACCCAAGGACUCGAUACUCCCCAAAGACAUUAAGGAAGAGUCAAUGUCCAGCUCGGAAACUAUGGUCAUCCGAGACAAGGCCGACGGCAAAGGAACACUGUCUUCGUCGUCUAAUACGAGUACAGCGACCAACAACACCACCACGUUGCAGCACGAGCAACAGCCGCAGCAGCAACAAAAAGAUAAGAAAAAGAGCACUGGCACCGGCGCCGGCUCGUCCAGCAGAUCGAAAGACAAGAAGAAGGAAAAUCAUUCGACGCCCAUGGAGACCAGUGACGAGGAGUCGCAAGCCAUGGACGCACUGGAGCUGAGCGGGCGACAGCUGGGACCGCAUCCGUGCGCGAUCUGCCAGACGAUAGUGGAGGCGGGCAACCAGAGCAGACCACUGUCGCGCAGCCAGGCUUCGCAGUACGGCCUGUCGGAGGAGCAAGUGGGCCUGGGCGCGCGGGUCUGCAACACCUGCCGCUGCAAGUCGGUGCGCGGGCGCUACGUCACCUGCCCGCUGCCCGGCUGCCCGAACCUCGGCACCGCCAAGGCGAGGUUGAAGCGGUUGCGCUGGCUGCCGCCCAAGUGGAGCGAGCUGACCCCCAAGGCCCGCGAGAUCAUCGCGCAGGAGUUCCAGAUCCCGAGCCACGACACCAAGUGCUGCACGGCGUGCUUCAACCGGAUCUCGAGGAGCAUGACGCCGUAUCUGACCGGCGCGAGCGGCGAGCCGGGCGAGGAGGCCGACGCCGCCGGCCGUCCGUGGACGGACGAAGAGCUGGACCAGCUGACCAAGGCGCUGCGCGAGCACGGCACCAACUGGGUCAAGGUGGCCGAGGUGGUCGCCGGCAAGAGCCACCACCAGUGCAAGAGCCACUACCUGACCCACCGCAAGAAGCUCGGCCUGGACCAGCUGCUGGCCGCGUAUUACCAGUCGCUGGGCGAGGAGCGCAAGCCCUGCCUCACCGACGAGGAGGAGAGCGGCAGCAGUACCAGCAGCUGCGACGAGCUGGCCGUGCACGACACCAGCGACACGGCAUCGGCGGGAAGCCCCGCCAACACUCUGUCGAGCAGCACGCCCACGGCCUCGGCGGCCUCGGCGGCCUCGUCGGCAGGCUCGCUGAGCGGCGCGGCGCCGCUGCUGCAGCCGACCGUCGUCGGCUUCCCCGGGCCGCAAUCCGCGGCCAGCGACGCAGCCGCCGCCGCAGCCGCAGCCGCCGUGGUCGUCGCCGCUGCCGCCGCCGCUGCCGCCGCAAACGCGCAGUCGCAGGAUACAAAGGUGGGUGAAAAACAACAACUCGCCGACCUGGCAGUGGUGUCCUUGGUUGCACCAUCGCCCGCGAUCACUUCCUCCCAGCCACCACCACCACCACAGACCAAUCCACCCACGAGCACGAGGGAAGACUACGACAGCUCCGCCACGGAGACGGCGGACGAAGCGCCGGGCAACUCCGACCUGGACGCCGGCAACCUGGUCGUGACGCUCGCCGGCGCCUCGGGCGGCGCGCCCGGCUCGCACCAGCCGGCUUCCAUGGCGCAGGGCCAGUCGCAGGCGCCGCCGGUGCUGCCAGUGCAGUCGCCGCCGUCGACCACCAGCAACAAUAACCCCCUCACGGUCAAGGAUCUCAUGCUAGGCGUCAUCGAGAUGCAGCUCAAGCGUAACCCCAACAACCAGGGACCCAACUCGUCGGUGCCCGUCAGCUCAGGCACGCCCACCAUAUCCAGCAUUCUCAAGACCGAUCACCGCAACGACAUCACCUUUGUCCGCGAGUACAAGCAGCCCGCGCAGCCGGCCAGCAUGCCCAACACUGCCAUGCCCAACAGGGACCCCAACCUGGCUACGCUCUCGGUCGUCACCGGGCCCCACCACGCGCACCGCUCGGCCUCCAGUCCCCACCAGCAGAUCGGCCAGAUGCAGGCUACUAUUACGCCCUGUCCGCCGCCCGCGCCCAGCCAGCAGCCUCAGCCCGCCGGCAAAGACAUGCUGCCCAACGAAGGACUGGUCGUCAUGCAGCAGCAGCAGACGAUGCGCGAGACCGAGGGCACCCUGGACUUGAGCAUUAAGAAACCGCGCCAGGAGUACAAUCACGCGCUGCAGCCGCCGCCCCCGCACAAGCCAACCGCUCACUACAGGCCGGAGCCCCCGUCGGCGGCAACCUACUACCACGCGCAUCCCCACGCGGAAUCGCAGGCUCGUCAGGCCAAGAGCCCGCACGUGUACUCCUCGUCGCCGAGGCCACAGGCCCCACUUACCCCUAAGCUGCCCAAGGUCACCGUGCCGCCGACCUCUCAUCCGAAGCUGUCGCCGAAGCUGACCAACAUCGGCACGCCGCACAAGACUGGCUCCAUCACGCACGGCACCCCCGUCUCCGGCGCGCGGUACGACGGCAUGCUGAGGCAGAUGACGCCGCCCGGCAACAACGCUCAGCCCAAUCCGAGCACCACCACCCCGGUAGGCGCCAAGGAAACGGGCUCGAUCACGCAGGGCACUCCUGUGCAUCCGUAUGCGGUCGACAAGCGCGCUCCGGUCUAUGAUUAUCACAGGUCCAUCAGGCAUUCACCAGUCACCACCAGCAACGUGCCCGUUCAGCCGCAGAACUCCGGUGUGGUCGUCAGUCAUGGGCAAAGCAGCUCCACCAAUCAGUACAAUUCCUUCCCGUCGCGCCAAGCGCCAAACUACACCAUGGAGCAGCAGUUGUCGUCGCGGCAAAUAAUAAUGAACGACUACAUAACCAGUCAGCAAAUGCAUCCUCGCAACCGCAGCGGUGGCUCGGCGGAGGCUUCUAGUAAAAACGAAGUUCCCACCACGUUGUAUUGCGCAAACACGCCGCCGCCACAACCACGGCAAGGUGUCAUUCAGAGGCACAACACUCAAAAGCACUACGCACCACCUCCCGCAGGCCUCGAUGCCUUCGCUAGUCUAGUCGACGUAGCCGUUCAGCAACCCAGUCUUCCUGUGCCGCACCCUCCGGCGACGAGUAGCAGUCACGAGGGAUUAUGCAUGUCGAUCGAGCGAAUGUACUCGGAGCGUUAUGGAAUGGAUAAUCGAUCGCUGCAGAACAUGCCAAGCUCGAGGUUGGCCAGGCAGCAGGCAGCCCAAUAUCAAAUGGCCGUGGCGAUGCAGCAAGAGCAGCGCGAACGUGAGAUCAUGCGCGAGAAGCAGCACGAGGAAGAGCGUGAGCGCAUGCAUCGCGAGCGCGAGAAGGAGCAGCUGCAUCAUCAGCAGCAAAUGGAAAGACUGGCGCAGCGUGAGAAGGACAUACAGCAGGAGCACCGGAUACGCGAGCAACAGCGCGAACAGGAGAAGCACCAGGCGGCCGUGGAUCAUAGAAUCGCUGCGCAGCAACGUGAAAAAGAGCUGCAACAGCAUCAGCAAAGCCACGAUCACAGACUGAGCAUUCAUCAGCAACAGCAACAACAGAUGCGAGAGAAAGAUAUGCAGCAGCAUCAUUACCGAAUGGUGCAGCAACAUCGCGAAAAAGAAAAAGUGGCCGCUGCGAUGCGAGAGCAACAGGAGAUACAGCAGCGUGCCUUGGCGGCGCAAAAAAGAGAAAUGGAGAUGCAACAGCAGAGAGAAAAUAUGUAUUUACAACAGCAGAAGCUUCAAAAGCAACAGCAAAUGCAACAGCAGAUUGCAGCCGAACAGCAGCAUUUCGAAAAUGAAAGACGCGUGAUCGAGCAUCUCAAAGAACAACAAAUGUACAGAGAAAUGAUGGAACGACAAUGUGAAUCGCCAAGCGUGAAAGGACCUCAAAUUUAUUAUCCACUAAUAACGCAGAAGCAACCACAGCCACCACCUCCGUCUUCUUCUCGACACAAUCAAUCAUCUUCCGGUCAACAGGGUGACGUCGCGUCUACUUUGACUGCGGCAAGCUUGAUCGAUGCUAUUAUCACGCACCAAAUUAAUUUGAGUACAGCUAAGAAAGGCGAUGGAGCUCCUUCAGCACGGCCUGGUGAUCGUUUAUUUCAGAGUUUUCAUCGUGACAGCCCGGCGGAACCUAACGGCGUAGCUCAUAGUCCGGCCGGCGAAGAAAAUGUUCCAAAUAGCGGUCCGAGUACUGGAAAUGCAAGUAGCACUGGCAGCAAGGUUAUUACUUUAGGAGAGCAUGUAGAGCAUGUGAUUAACAAAGAUUUUGCGCCGCCAAUGUCUUCCUACCGGCCUUAUCCUGGCUACCAAAUAUCGGAUGACCAGUGGAAGAGGAGAAAAACAGGUGAACCAGAUCCUGGAAAGCCUGGUGAUGAGCGACAAAUUAUCCGCGUUGCUCAGCAAAAGCCCACAUCUUCCCAACAACAGUCUUCGCACCAGAGCCAACAGUCCGUAAGCAAACAGCAGCCUACGUAUCAGACAGAACCUGUGUCACCACCCGAGGCCAACCACUAUCCACGACGCUUCUAUGAGUCGAGCACUGCGACGACUACGACAUCGGGUGCACCUUCGAGCAAAUCGCAUCUGUCUCCUCUGGACUACGUGAAAAACAAGAUAGUGGAGGUGAUGCGCACCGAAGACGACAAGACCAGUUCGGGAGACAGGAACGGUGGCGGCAACGAAAAAGACGACAAAUGUGCUGACAAUUCGCCCAGUGGCGAAAUGGUGAUUGACGAGUCGCCCAGUCAACCGCCAGCUCCUACUCCCACAAACUUUUAUCCGUUCAAUGCGUUAGGUGUACACACGGGCCCACCGCCGGCGCCACCACCUACAGUUGGCGUAACAUCUUUACCUGUGGUCAAGACCGAAGAACCUGCGCCAAUUCUCUCUGCACAGUACGAGCCUCUCUCGGAUGAGGAUUGAUCGUGAAACAGCAAAAACCAUGUAACGCUCAAAACUUGUUAAAAACUACGUACCACCGACUUGUAUAGAUAGACUCAAAUGUCAUCAGAUGUUUCAACGUCUGUUUGAAAAAAGGAUGUUGCGUUUGAUUAUUUUGUAAAAUGCAAUACUUUUUCUCCAGUUCUUUCAAAUUUAUCUCGCGACACUUAUUUUUAGUUCUUCACUCAAAAUACAUUACAAUUUUAAUUUUUCUUCAACUUUACAUCACAUUACAUUAAGAGGAUGACGGAACAAAUUUCCACUUCCGGAGAAAUUAUUAUACUAGAAUAAUUAACAGUUCGUGUGAGAUGUAGAAGCCAUACGUUUUUCUCGGAAUUAUAGACUAGGAUGGAUGAUUUUCAUUAUUGUCGAAGACUAAAUAUUAGGUGGAAAUAAAUAAAUCUGCGAUACGCAUUGAAAAAGAGAUUUAUGGUGUAUAGUUUUAUAGUAAUUGGUGCUCUACAAUAUUCACUUUUGAUCAUUUAUUGAAAUCAUUCACCCUGAAAAACCACGUAAAGAAUAACAACGUAAAUAAUAAUCUAGAUUUUAUGAAAAUUAAAAAUUGUUCGAGUAUAAUAGUUUCUACAAAUUUAUAGAUUACGUUUUUAUAUAUGUUCUCUUCUGUUCUCUUUUACACCCUCCGUUAUCCUCUCAAACAAAAUAUUUUUUGCAGUAUUGAUCAAUAUCCCUUUUUUCAAUAGAGAUACAUACGGUUAGUAGGUUUAACUUAUGGUUAAAAUUGUUUUCAUGCGUAAAAGAUGAAUCUUUCUGUUUUAUUUUAUUGAUGACAUGCAAAUAUGGACGAGCGCAGAGUGCCAAUGAACAUCAUUUUGUAUUUAUUAUAUUUUAACUAAUUGUUGUUUAGGUAAAAUUUUUACACUUUUACUUUGAUUUUAUUUCUUUAUGCAACAAUUUAAGUAUGUAAAAUAUCGAGAAAAAAAACACGCAUUGAAAAAGUGUAGAUGUACGACUUGUUUGGAAGUUGUAGACAUUUUUUAUUUUCAAUUUUGAAAAUUUUAUGAUCCGUUUGAAGUAAAAACCAACGAUAUUCUGCGCGAUUUGUCAUAUAAUGUAUAUAUAACACAGGUUAUGUUUGUCGGGAGAUUAUUCUCUAAUCCCAAGGAACUGUAUAGAUGUUUUUUUUUAUUUUUAGGAGAACGAAAUAAUCUUUAUCAGACAAACCAUGCAUUGCAUAAAAUUUACGAACAGCGUCCUAUUUUAAGCAGUAUGUUGUACAAUAUUUUGAAAUUCUGCCGAACAAGUCAACGUUCAUUCCAUCAUCGGUGCAAGUCUUACGAUUGCAAAUUGUAGUUGCGACUAAAAAAAUGAGAACAGGGUGACUCAUGUUUGUGCGUAUAUGCGUGGUGCGUGCGUGCGUGUGCGUGUGCGUGUGCGUGUGCGUGUGCGUGUGCGUGUGCGUGUGCGUGUGCGUGUGCGUGCGUGCGCAGUGUAUUGCAAAAAAAAGAUAAACAAUUGUCGAGAAGAUAAAGUCAGAGCACGAAAGUUUGACAGAAUUUAGCAAACGUAGCCCGGAGAAACAAUGCAGACGCUUUUUGUAAAUAUGAAUACGUAGUAUAUCGUUAAAUGAUAAAUACAGCGUUAACAGUGUGCGUGUUUUUAAUUUGGAUGCGUCUGAUACAUGUCCACUACAUGUAAACGUUCAUUGAAAUAUGCAAGUGCGAUAAAGAAGAAAAACGUAGUCGUUAGAUAGAAUAUGGAAGUUUAUGAUUGUAAGAAUGCUAUACCGAGUCAAGUGCAACACCGCAAAUGUGAGAGAACAAAAAUAAUUAAUGCGCUGUUUUAUAGUGAUGCGGUUCGCACCGUUGCCACCCUCUUUCAUUUAUUUUUUUUCCAGUAAAGUGGUUUUAUGAGAAAAUAAAAAUUACAGUUAUAAGCUUAAGCGUUGUACAUAGUACAUAAUACUAUCUUUUAAGAGUGAAUUAUAAGUAAUUAUAACGAUUAUUAGUUUAUUAUGUAUAGAGAAUAAGGAAGGAAAACUCUAGGCCCAGAUUAAGUACUGUAGCUAGCGUAUAGAAUUUAGGAAACCACGAACUGACUAGGGAAGUUUUCCCAAGACUACGUUCUCUUAUAAUUGAAAUAAACAGCCGAUUAAAAAAAAAGAUUGAAUCGUCGAUGAACGAAUAGAUGUGGGUUUUUAUUUAAUUUAACAAUUUUUUAGAUAACAUCAAAGCGUAUCCUCUUUAUUUGCGAAUAAUAAAAGAAAAAUAUUACGCGAUAAGCGAAAUGAAAGAAUACGCGCGUCUCACCAUAUGUUCGUUAAACAUUCACCAUACAUUUCACGUAUACACGAUACACAAAACUUUUUAUACAGCCUAAUUUUAUAUUUGUACGCAACGCGUGGAUUGCGCCUUCGAUUGUACUCUGUCGCGAUUUUUUAACGCUUUCUAAAUUCUAUUAUCGGUGCAACAACGUCGUUUGUUAAGGGUCGCCUUAAUAUUGUAUGGAUUUAAUUUUUUUCCAGUGAUGGAUUGGGAAAAAGUAAUGUAUUAAACGUUAUAUGGAAAACUAUUAUGAUAGAUGUUGAUCGGUAUUUGAUCUUUAAUAUUUUUUCUACGUGUAAAUACAUUGCUGAUAAUACGAUAAAAAUACAUGUUUGAUGGUUAACAUAAAAUCGUUUACAUGGAUCUCACUUUUUAUUUCUCGUCAUGUGCUAUUCCAAAUUUAGUGAACCAAAGCUUUUAUUGAUAAUCAGUCCAAUUCGUACAAUACUUUUCCAAGUUCAUCAUGAAAAAUACUCGAAAAUUCGUACAAGAAGAAGCUUGGAAAAAAUCAGUCGCUGCGUUCAUUCUUGAUAAAUUUCUUUUAAACAAUUGCAUCAUUCGGUAAAAAAAAAAACAAGACAUAAUUCCGGUGCCUUUUAUGACUUGGCUAUUAAAACACAACUGCAAACGAACCUAUUAUUCCUUUAUCAUUUUCGACUUACUCUACAGACUUCAUUAAGCUCCAUCUUUACCGCAAUGUUAUAUGCCAAGGGCCACUUGAAUCUCCCGAAUUUUUGCAUUUAUAUUAAUCAGUCCUUCGAUAAAACGGACUUUUGUCUUUAAUACGAAUCGACGCAAUUCUCCAUAUAACUCAUACUUUUGAGACAUUUUCCAGCUAGGCGUCGAUCUCUAUGUACAUGUGUAAUUACUCAAUAUCGUUGACGGAGUCUCACAGUGAUGCCCACCAGCUGUUCUAUAUUUUUCUAAUUGAACGCAUACGGCGAACAGAGAGAAAGUGUGAUCAACGAAUAUCCGUGCGCGCGAAAUCCCACUUGGAGCACCCAACAUCUCGACGAUAUAGCAUGCUAAAGUAACGAUGCUUUCUCAUUGAUUGGAAAAAGAAAACUUUGUGAUAUUUAGAAUUUUAAUUGAAAUGUUUACCGUCACUUUUUCUUCAUGCGAAAAGCAGACGUGUGCGCGAUGGCAAAAGUGACAUUUCUGAUGUGAAUGAACGAAGAUUUAAAAGAAAAGAAAGACGUAAUUAAGGAAAAAAGAAUCAGUCUUCCUAGUAUUAGUUCGCUAGCCUCUCUCGAUGUCGAAAGAAUUGUCCAUUGUAAUUUAUCUCCAGUAUUCUUUUCCCAAGCGAGUGCGAGCCUGAAAUUUGUACAUUACUUUUUAUUCUGUGCUCUUUUGUGCGAUUGGCAAAUUUUUGACGCAUAAAUUUUACUUUGGUAACAUGGUGUAAUUGUGAACAAACGACAAAUAAUCACAAUGUUCCAACUUUUAGUGUGAACAAAAACAGCAAAAUUGUCGAUGCUUCUUAAAAAAAUGUAUUAACGACUACGCGAAAGAACAGUGCUGCAAAAAGUGUAAAUUAGAAGAAAAAAAAACAAACAAAAAGUUAAAAAGAAAAGAGUGACGUAUCUCGCCAGUGCGCUUAUUUCCUUUCUUUUCCUUUCUACAUUUGAGAACGAAUUCACGGUAAAUAUGUAAAUUACGCAUAGGGAAAGAAAAUGAAAUAACAAAGCAGGAAAAGAAAUAAGAUGAAGCGCGAAGAAAUAUCACAACACGUGUACCUAUUCGACUUAACGAAACAUGUCGGCAGAUCGACAAUUCGCAUAUAAAGCACACGAGCUGUCGGUCCGUCCCGCUGAACCAGAUAAGGCUGUACGACGCGUUGAACAAUAUACAUAAAAAGAAUAUAUAUAUACAUACAAGCCAAGGCGCACUCCUUUCUUAUAUUUUCUCGGGCCGAGAGACGUUCGUUCGCGCGCGAAGCGCCGUAGCAGCAGCGUAAAAAUCCACGAGUACUAUUUCGAUGUAUAGGCAAACGAAGAACGACAAGCAGUGCUGUUAACGAAUAGGCGCGAUAUGCCAGCGAAGAUUAUAAUGGCGAAGCGAGCGUACGGCGUGCCUGGUGCAGUGAAGCGCAGGCGUAGCGCGCA